UCUCUCUUAAAAUGAGACAACUUUACCCAUAGUUUUAAUAUACAUGGUUCUGCACGCACUGUUAAGUGAUUAUUGAAUAUUCAAAAGUUCAACUAAUCAGUUCAAACUUCAAACCAAACCAUUUAUGUCUCCUAUUAACACAUCCUCUACCCGCCGUCGCCGUCACCGGUGAAACUUAAUUUUCCGGGAUGGGUAAGUUAGAGUUCCUGUUUCUUCUCCAACUCUUUCUCUUUGUCACUCCCAUGUUUUCCUUGGAAUUUCUGUUUAAUUCCUUCACCGGAAUCACGAACCUGACUCUCAUCAACGAUGCCCGCGUCGACGCUUCCGUCAUACGCAUGACCAACGACUCCAACCAAUACUCUUAUGGGCGAGGUUUCUACCCAACACAAAUCUCCAUGAAACCCACCUCGAAUUCCUCAACCAUUUCUUCAUUCUCCACUUCCUUUGUCUUCUCCAUCUUGCCACAGAUCGCUACCAGCCCAGGGUUCGGCCUCGCCUUCGUGCUCUGCAACACAACCUCCCCUCCCGGCGCACUCGCCAGCCAGUACUUCGGCUUGUUCACCAACGCAACCUCUCCCUCCCAAUUCCCUCUUCUCGCCGUCGAAUUCGACACCGGCCAGAACCCAGAGUUCAACGACAUCAACGACAACCACAUCGGAAUCGACUUCAACAACGUCGAAUCGAAAAACGCAACUCCUGCUGGGUACUUCAAUUCCAGUGGCGGCUUCGUAUCUGUCCGCAUGCGCAGUGGUGAAAACAUUCGAGCUUGGAUCGAAUUCGAUGGCAUGAAUUCGGAGAUAAACGUUACAGUUGCGCCGAUCGGUGUGUCACGCCCGUUAAGGCCUACACUUUCGUAUAGAGAUCCAGCCAUGGCUAACUAUGUCUCCUCUGAUAUGUACGUUGGGUUUUCAGCUUCGAAAACCAAUUGGAUCGAGGCACAGAGAGUUCUCGCAUGGAGCUUCAGCGAUUCAGGUGUUGCGAGAGAAAUAAACACAACGAACUUCCCAGUGUUCAAGCCAGAAUCAUCAUCUUCUUCGCUUUCUAGUGCUGCAGUUGCAGGAAUCGCCAUUGGUUGUGUUGUGUUUGUGUUAAUGUGUGCUUCAGGGUUUUACCUCUGGUGGCGAAACAACAAAAUGAAAGAGGAAGAAGAGGAUGAGAUCGAAGAGUGGGAACUUGAGUAUUGGCCACAUAGAUUCUCCUACGAGGAAUUGAACAUGGCCACUGGGAAUUUCGGAAAAGAAAAGCUCCUAGGUUCAGGAGGGUUCGGAAGAGUGUAUAAAGGGACACUCUCAAACAAGACGCAAAUUGCGGUGAAAUGCGUCAACCACGAUUCUAAACAAGGGUUAAGAGAAUUCAUGGCAGAGAUUUCUAGCAUGGGGAGGCUUCAGCACAAGAACUUGGUCCAAUUGCGAGGUUGGUGCAGAAAAGGGAACGAGUUAAUGCUUGUUUACGAUUUUAUGCCCAAUGGAAGCCUCAACAAGUGGGUUUUCGACCAACCAGAGAAGCUUAUGGGAUGGGAACAACGCCGUAGAAUCCUUGUCGACGUGGCAGAGGGACUUAACUAUCUUCACCAUGGUUGGGACCAGGUUGUGAUUCACAGAGACAUCAAGUCCAGUAACAUCUUAUUGGACUCCGACAUGCGAGGAAGACUAGGAGACUUCGGUUUGGCCAAGCUUUACCAACACGGCGAAGUUCCCAACACGACACGUGUCGUGGGAACGUUGGGGUAUUUGGCGCCGGAGCUGGCGACGGUUGCUUCGCCAACUUCGGCCAGUGAUGUGUAUAGUUUUGGGGUGGUGCUGUUGGAGGUUGCUUGCGGUCGACGGCCGAUAGAGACGUCGCUGCCGGAGGAGGAGAUGGUGCUCGUGGAUUGGGUAAGGGACUUUUACGCGAAAGGGUGUGCUGUUGAGGCUGCCGAUUCUAGGAUUAAGGGUGAGUACGAUGUGGGAGACAUGGAAAUGGUGUUGAAGCUUGGGUUGGCUUGUUGCCACCCUGAUCCACUGAGGAGACCAACCAUUAAGGAAGUUGUUGCCCUCCUCUUAGGGGAGGAGGUUGCGGAGCAUCCGGGGAAAGUGUUGUCUGAUUUGGCUCGCGGCGAAGAUGAAGGUGGAGCCGGCGAAUUUGAUGAGGCGGCGCCUUUGCAAACCACCACUAGGGUUUGACUGCACUUAAUUAGACUCUUCUUCUUUUUACCCUUUUUUUUUUUUUUUUUUUGGGGUGCUUUCUGGGACUUGGUUUUGCUAGCUUGUGGUUUGGUUACGGAUAAUUUUCUCCUGUAUUUAUUGGAUUAAUUCGUUGAAGCUCAAAGCCAACGUAGUUACUCUGAAGUGUGCAUUGUACCCGAU